AUGCACGCUAAGUGGAAGUCUCAUUUUAGAACUAAGUCUGUUGGUAGCAACCCUUUAUCGACAUCUCCAACAUCAAAUACUUCAUUUUCUUGCAGGCCAAGAUCUAAUACAUUGCCAAGUAUAAUGUACACCCCUAGUGACGCUUAUACUGGAGAGAAGGUGGAAAGAGUGGAUGAAGAUGUUGAUGAAGAACAAAUUGACAAGUUUGCAACUAAUAUAUUAAGUAUAGUCAAUUCGCUUCAGAAAUAUGAGUACGAAGUCAGUUGGAAUAUUUAA